AUGCCUUUGGCUGGGGAACAACGGGGUGCGGGGAAGCGCGGGAAGCCGGGAGAGAAAUUUGAGCGCGUGGGGUGGUCCGCUGCAAUGGCGCAGUCCUCCCUCAUUGCGCACUCUAUUUCCGCCGAUGCCUCCGCGAACUCCGCGCUCGUGGGUCGUGUCCAUCCCGCGCAUUCCGCAAACAGCUCGCGCGCCCCGCUCGUCACUUCAGCCACCGAGUUUCCCUCGAUUACUGACGAAGCUUCGAAAGAAGCUUCGGAAACGGUUCGUUCCUCGGAGUUGGAAACCAACAGCCCCGCUGCCGCCGCGAGACGGCCGAAGAGAUUCUCCCUACACUCCGGUAUUAGCAGCGACAUGCGCGCGUGCUCCUCGGGAGCAGCCGCCGCCAAUCUCGCGUCGCGAGCGCCUGCCGUCGCGUCGCCAGGCGCGGGCCCCGCGGGGGGGGCGGCGUGCAGGGAGGCCGUGACGAGUGAGCUUCUGCGAAGGUUCCGGUGGGCGGACAGGGAGGUGGUGGAAGGGGUGCUGGCGGCGGUGGGGGGGGAACGCGCGGCCGCGGAAGCAAUACUGGCGGAUAUGGGGGGCGAGCGGGCGAUGGGGGAAAUGGGUGAAAGGGUAGCGGGAGAGGGUGUGGGGGACGAAGCGGAUAUGAGGGUGGGAGAGAUGGAGGAGGAGGAAGGCGGGAAGCAGAGGGAGGCUGAUGGUCAUGAUGACGUGGAUGGUAACUGUGAUGACGUGGAGGGUGACUGUGAUGACGUGGAUGUAUUCCGGACGUUCCGAGCAGAGGCUUUAGCAGCAUCAAGGGCACACGCACGGCUCGCGGGGCAAGCUGCCCGGGCAUACGACAGGGGCGACCACGCAGCUGCCCGAAAACUUUCCCACGCGUCAAGAGAGGAGAAGGAGCGGGCAGAGAGGCUCCACACAGAAGCUGCCGGGAAGAUUCUGGAGCACAGGAACAGGGGGCGGUCCUUAUGGGAGCUGGAUCUGCACGGGCUUCUACCGGGGGAGGCUGUAUCUGCGCUGGAGGGGAGGUUGAGGCAGCUGGAGGGGCAGGCGGGCGUUAGUGUGCAGGAGAAUGGUGCAGCAAGGGAGGCGAAUGCAGACGAGCGAGUGUGGGGCAGCAGCGGUGUGGUUCUCCCAGCUAAGGUGUUGUCGUCAGCUCGGCCUGAACUGAUGGUCAUCACUGGUGUGGGGCGUCACAGCAGUGGGGGACAGCCGAAUCUACCAAUGGCUGUGAAAAGAUUUCUCCAUGAUGCAAGGUAUUCUUACAGGGAUGCAAGAGCUGGUGUGAUCAGGGUGAGGCCCAGGCUUACCAUGCUCAAGUGA